AUUGUAUGAAAAUUGAAACCCAUUACCUGAAUGUUUACAGAAUGAAAGUACCAAUAUUUUAUAAUUUUGGUGUAUAGCUGUAUUCAUCUGGGCUGCAAUUAUCUUUCUUCUCUUUCAUUACCUUCCCCUUCCUUUUAUUUUUUCAAUGAAUUGAUUAAAUGUUUAUUCCAAUUAUUCCAUCUGUGUUAACUUUUGACUUGUUACCUUUUUCUCUCUUUGCCAUCCAUUAUCACCAUCUUCCUAUUACCAUUUCAGUGACCAGAUUGUUGAUACAUCAUUAAAUAAUGACUAUAUUAUACAUUUGAAGGACUAACAUUUUCUGUCAUUUCUCACAUUUGUCAAUUUUGAGGUAGGAUAUCUUCCUUGUGCGUCAUAAAAUCAAAAUGCUUCAUCGGUCAAACUCACUCAAUUUAUACGAUAGUAAAGGAAGGAACGGAGAAGCAAAAAUGCUGACAGAUGAGCUGGAAAGAACGAAGGAAAGGCUGCGUAAACCAUGUGAAAUGUGCUUAAACUACGAAUUGCAAUUACAGUCAAUGCAAAAGAAAGAAUCUGAGUUGUUGAAACAACUAAAUGAUAGUGAGGCAGUUUUAAAAAGUCGUAGAGAUGAUCUACGGCGUGAAGAAGCAUUCCGAGCCGAACUGGAGGAGAAAUUUGCUGAAGAAGCUAAAGAAAUUGAGCUGCAAAUCAAUCAACUAAGAGAAAGGUUCGACUCAUCAGCUACAGAACUAGCUGAAAUUAGAAAUAUUCUUACAAACUACUAUGCAGAAGCAAGUGAAAAAAUAAUCAGUCUUACCAGUAGCAAGGAGGAAAUGAAUCGUCAGAUUGAAAAACUUGCUGCUGAGAAUGAAUUGCUUCUGGGUAAACAUAUUGCCAAAAGUGACGAGCUUCAAUCUGAGGUAAUAGAUUUGCCUGAAAAAAUGGAGGAUAUGCAAUUUUAUUGUUUAAAGCUUCGUGAAGACUUGAUCACAGCUUUGGUUGCGAAAGAAAGAAAAGAAGAAACUUAUCGAAGUGAAAUUCUCUUUCUUAAAGAGCAAAAUAGAUCGGAGCAACAAUCCAAAGAAACAAUGAUUCAAGAUUUAACUGAAGAUUAUGACCGAUUAAGAGAAAGUAUGGAGCAGCUUACCAUUAAAUACAAAAAUCUUAAAGAGCAGCUUGCGAGCGCUUCUAGUAAAUUGUCCGAUAGUGAAACAUUAAUAAGUGAAAAUCAGAGAAUUAUUUCAAAUCUCGAACAAGAAGUCCUCGAACUUAACAGUCUCAAGGUUAAACUGGAAGAAGAAAAUUUAACAUUCAAAAGUAAAAUCCAAAGUUUACAAAAUGACCUCCAUAAUAGUGAACAAGUUCAAAAAGAUUUUGUCAAGUUGUCCCAAUCACUUCAGAUUCAAUUAGAAAAAAUAAGACAAGCUGAUACCGAGGUUAGAUGGCAACACGAAGAAGAUAUUAAUGAAUGCAAUAAUUGCAAAAAGAAAUUCCAUUCUCGCAAAGAAAAGCAUCAUUGUUCUCAUUGUGGUAAAAUAUUUUGUUUUGAUUGUAACAACAAAACCGUUUACGGUGGACCAAAGAAUCGUAGUUUUAAAGUCUGUAAUGUUUGCCAUACUCUUCUCGAUCGAGAGACUGCUCCAUAUUUCAGCAAUGAGCCACCUCAAAGUCCAACAUGAUUAUUUUGAUUGAUAUAAUUGUUAACCAAGAGUUUCUCAAUCAAUUUCUUGAAAAAGUAUCAAUCAAACAUUAACAUUUUCAAUCAAACUUCCAUUUGAAUAUUUUAUUGAUGUUAUUACUAUGGUUUUGGUCCUAAUAAAAACCAUCUUAAGGAUAUUAAAACCAGAUUUGUUCAUCCACCAAUACAAUUAUUAUAUACCAAUUGAUCCACCUCAUCAAAAAAGCUUGCCAACUGAGAAAACACGAGAAUUAGCUGAACAAGAAAUCAGUAGCAGCAAAAAUUAACAAUUUUAAACUUUCGUUUGCUAGCAAAGACGAUUUUCAUUCAUCCAAAAUUUUCUUAAUGAUAAAUUUUGAAAACAACCGAGUUAACAUGGAAACGAUAAAUUCAACUCAAAACAGACUAGUCUAUUAUGAAGAUAAAAAUGAAAAUAAAUAAAAACAUCUGUUUUAAAAA